UUUUUUUUUUUUUUUUUUUUUUUUUACAUUGCAAAAUUAAAUUGAUGUGUAAUCAUUCAAUUUAUAUAUUUUUGCAAGGCUUGUAAAAUUUAUUUUUCAAUUUUGUACGUAUUGCUCUUGUUCUUAAUGAUCCUAAAAUUAUUCAUUUUGAAAUUUUUAAAAAUAAAUAUACUUGUGUUGUCAUUGAUAUAAACAUAUAUCAAUAAAUAUUCAUGUUUUUUUAUAUUUUAAAUAAAGGUGAAAGUUGAUGUUUUAUAAAAAUAGCCAAGAUAAUUAAAAAAUAAUAUUUAUAUUUUGUUAAAAAAAAAAAUAAAUAUAUAAAAAAACCUUUUAAGUUUGUUUAUAUAAAAAAAUGAUAAACAUAUGUAAAUAUAUUUUUUAAAAAUAAAUAUUAUUUAGAGUAUUUAGAUUUAUAUUUAAAAAUAAAAUAUCAACUCAAAGAUUGAAAAUAAAUCUAGAGUUAAAAAUGAGAAAUUGCGUCGUAGUAAUUGACUGUUUUUUUUAUCAUUAUAAAUUCAGAGAGAGAUACAGAGAGAUACAUACUGGAAACUGGUCUGAUCUGGUCAUUUGACACAUUUGGCUCAGUUAGUCAACAUCAUUUGUGACAGAAGCACUGUCUGUUACUUGUGAAUAAAAAAUAAAUAAAAAACAUUUAACAAGAAAGAAGAAAAACAUAAGUAAAAUGGCAGGAAAAUUCCUGUUAAAAUUAACACCAUUGUUAUUGGCAAUAAUUUUUUUGUCUUUAACAAUUGCAUCACCAAUAGAUAUAUCAUCUGAAAGUGUUCCAAAAAUUGUACUCCAAAAUGCAUUAUCAUCAUUUAAUCAACCAGCUGAUAAAACUGAAAUUAUCAUAAAUGCACAAAAAUUGCUGGAUUCGUCAUCAACAGUUUAUCUGUUGACCCUAACAAUCGAAGAAAAAUGUAAUGAUGAUGAUAAAUCAUCAUGUACACGAAAAACCUGUAAAAUAAAUGUUAAACAAAAUGACGAAGGUGUCAUUAAAGUCCUUGAUGAAACAAAACAAUGUCAAGAUGAAAUAAAUGAAUCAUUAAAUAAACAAUCCAUAAAUAAUAGUCAACAAACAUUGGAUCAAGAUGUAAUGAAUCAAAAUGAAAAGCCAUUUGUUGCUGUUAAGGCUCAUCAAACUUACUGUCCAAAUUGUCCAUAUGAGCUUAAUCCAAAUCUUCCUGGAUUAAAUAAAUUUGCUGAUUUAACUGCUGAAUCAAUGGAUCAUUCUAGUCAUAGUGAUUUUAAAUACAAAGUUAUAAAUAUUGUUAGAGUUACUAGAACAGUACCAUCUGGUUCAAAUGUCAUACGUUAUGAAUUAAUAAUGGAAAUUGGACAAUCAAAUUGUUUACGUACAAUUCAAAUAAAUAGAAAUGAUUGUGAACUACAAAAAAAUAUACCAGUUAAAAUUUGUAAAGUUGUUAUUGAUGAACGUCCUUGGAUUAAAAGUGAUCGUAAAAUAUUUGAUAAUAAUUGUACUCUAUCAUAUGAAAGACAAAAUGAAUUAAAUAGUAUUAUUGAAUCAACACAUGUACCUGAAACCUUGAUUACAACCAAAAAUAAUCAAGAUGAUGAUGAUUCAUUUGAUUAUAUUAAAACAGAAUUGUAUGAUCAGUUGGCACUUGAAGGACAAUUGAGCACAAAUAAAAGUCCAAUUGAUAAUGAUGAUGAUUCAUUGAUCAAGGUUGCUAAUGUUUAUUCAAAAGAUGACAUCAUAACUGAGGAACCAUUUGAAGCUGUUUACAAAAGUGAUGAAAAUGAAUUUGUUACAAUUCAUCAUAAAUUUAUUAAUAAAUUUAAAGAAUUUGAUGAUUUUUUAAAAGAUUUUGAUGUACCAAUUAAGCCAAAAAUUAAUAAUGAAAAUAUUCAAUAUGGACAAGAAGUCAAUGAAGAAUUAGUACGUCCAGAAAGAAUUGAAUUUCAAGAUAAAACACUUAUUGAAGCAUCAAGAUCAAAAAGAUCUCUGAGUAAAGAAGAAUAUUUUAUAAAAACAUUAUCACAAAAAGUCAUGGAUAGUCUUGAUGAAAUUGAUCCUGAUGAUAAUAAACGUGAAAUAAUUGAUAUUCUUGAGUCACGAAAAAUUGAAGGUAAUGGAGCAUUGUAUCAGGUAUCAAUACGUAUUGCUCCAACAACAAAUUGUACUGAAAAAUCAAAAGAUUCAAAAAAUUGUACACAAGAACCAGGACAACCAAUGAAUAUUUGUAAAGUACAAAUACAAGUAUCAGAUAAAAUGAAAUUAGAAAAUGCAAGAGUAUUACAAUCAAAAUGUACACCAGAAAAAUCAAGAUCACGACGUGAUACUAUACCAGGUGGAAUUCAAAAUAUUUCUCUUACCGAUGAAACCAUUCAACUUUAUGUUGACAAAGGUUUAAAACAAUAUUCUAAAACUGCAAAUAAUGAUAAUGAGCUAGAACUUAUUGAGGUAAUUAAUGCAACUCGUCAAAUUGUUGCUGGAUCAAAUUAUGUAAUUGGUGUUAAAUUAGGAGAAAAAAUAUGUGAAAAAAAAAUUGAAACAAAUAAAACAUGUCAGGUUAAAUCAAAUAAUACAAGAAUUUGUUUGAUAUCAGUAUGGUCAAGACCUUGGUUGAAUAGUGAUCAAGUUACUGUUAAAUGUGACGAUAAAAAAAAUGAUGAUAAUAAAAGAACAAAACGUUCACUUCGUGGUGUUGGUUAUACACAAAAAUCUUUAGAAAUUGCAAAACAAAUUGAAUUAGAAAGAAAAUUCAAUGAAUUUUUAGUAAAAUAUAACAAAAGUUAUUCAACUGAUGAAGAAAAACAAGUACGUAUUAAAAUAUUUGAAAGUAAUAUGAAAAUAGCUGAAGAAUUACAAAAACGUGAACAAGGUAGUGCUAUUUAUGGUGCAUCAAUAUUUUCAGAUAUAACACCAAAUGAAUUUAAAAGAAAACAUCUUGGUUAUCGUCCAGAAUUAAGAUCAGAUAAUAAUAUUCCUCUUGCUCAUGCAGAUAUUCCAAAUAUCGAGCUACCAGAAUCAUUUGAUUGGCGUGAACACAAUGCAGUUACAGAAGUUAAAAAUCAGGGUUCAUGUGGUUCAUGUUGGGCUUUUUCAGUUACUGGAAAUGUUGAAGGACAAUAUGCAAUAAAAUAUAAAAAACUUAUUUCAUUAUCAGAACAAGAACUUGUUGAUUGUGACAAAUUAGAUGAAGGCUGUAAUGGAGGUCUUCAAGAAAAUGCCUAUCGUGCACUUGAACAAAUUGGUGGUCUUGAAUUGGAAAAAGAUUAUCCAUAUGAUGGUGAAGAUGAAACUUGUCAUUUUAAAAAAAAUAUGGCUAGAGUUAAAAUUUCAUCAGCUGUUAAUAUAACAUCAAAUGAAACACAAAUGGCACAAUGGCUUGUUAAAAAUGGACCAAUGGCUAUUGCAAUCAAUGCAAAUGCUAUGCAAUUUUAUAUGGGUGGUGUAUCACAUCCUUAUAAAUUUUUAUGUAAUAAAAAUAAUCUUGAUCAUGGUGUAUUAAUUGUUGGAUAUGGUAUUCAUCGUUAUCCAUUGUUUAAAAAGACAAUGCCAUUUUGGAUUGUUAAAAAUAGCUGGGGUACAAGCUGGGGUGAACAAGGCUACUACAGGGUCUAUCGAGGUGAUGGUACUUGUGGACUCAAUGCUGAUGUAUCAAGUGCCAUUGUUAAAUAAUUAACUUUUUUUUUACAAUUAUUCUCUCUGAAAUAAAAAAUGACAAAUAAACUAACUAAUAGUAAUUAAAAUGUUUUUUUUUUUUUUUUAUUAUUAACCAAUAGAGAACUAUUAUUAUAUGUAUCAAAUAUUUCUAAACAAAAAAAAAAAAAAAGGAUUUUCUUUUGUAUUUUAAAUUCUUGUUCUCUAAAAGUCAAACAAAUUAUGUAUGUUCUUUUUGUUUUUUUUUAUUAAUCCAAAAAUUCAGUGUUUAAAAUUGUGAUAUUUUUAAAAACAAAAAAAAAAAUAAUAAUAAUAAAUGAUAAAAUAUAAUAUUUUAUUAGAAUUAUAUUUUAAUGUUGAAAAAUUUUUUAUCAUAUAACUAGACAGACUAAUUUGUUUUUAUUUUUUUGUGUCUAUUGAAUUUAUCAGUUAGAACUAAAAUUGAAUUUAAAAAAGAAAUUAAAAGCUCAUAAAUAAAAAAUGUAAAACUGAUACUUCGUGUUGACAAUUAAUUGAUUGUUAUUACACACUCACUUAUGUAUGCGUGUGGGUGUGUGUGUGUGUAUACAUAUAAACUAAUGACGUGAAUAUUUUGGAGAAAAACAAACAAAAAAAAAAAAAAAAACACAUUUUAAUGAGGU